AGAUGCUCAUGGGGGAAACUUUGUUUCAGGGUGCUGUAAAGGAUAGCUUCGCUGUGCUGCUCAAGGAAGGCAUCUUCUUGUCUGUGUAGUUAUUAGUUGUUUGUGCUAUAAAGUGUUUCGGCCGUGGAUCAGGACUGCAAGAUAGUACUACAGUAGGGGUAAGAGGGAGGAAAGCAUUUGGAGAGUCACAAGAUGGAAGAAGGUCAGGAAAGCAGGUACUGGUGCCACAGCUGCGCUGAGGUGAUCGUUCCUGUGGAGCCGGAGAAGAAGUGCCCGGACUGUGAUGGCGGGUUCGUGGAAGAGAUGGAGUCCGAGGGCUUUGAGCCGUCCACGAACGUGAGGUCUGAGCGGAACCUCUCGCUCUGGGCCCCGCUGCUGCUUGGGAUGAUGGGAGGUUCGUCUCGGCGAUCAAGGCCCCAGAGGGAUAUGAUGGAUUCUUCUUCUGAUGAGGACUCACGCCAAGCAAGGAUCAGGAGUGCACUGAGGGAUACUGAUGAUGAGGAUGAAGAGGAUGAUGAUGAUGAUUCUGACCGUGAGCUUGAAGACAUGAUUAGGAGGCGAAGGAGGAGGGGCUCAUCGCUUGUCAGGCUGCUUCAGACCCUCCGUGAUGACUUAAGGGGCUUGGAUGGCAUUGGCAGAGACAGGGACAGGGACAGCGAGAGAGACCGGGAGAGGGAGAGGGAAAGAAGGGACAGGGAGAGAAGGGAGAGGGAGAGGGCUAGAAGAGAGAGGGAGAGAGCAAGGGAGAGAGACCGAGGGGGAGAAAGGACAGAGAGCUUAAUACUGAUCAACUCCAACAAUGAGGCCAUUAUUCUCCAAGGAACAUUUGGACCUAGUGACAACCAAGAGAACUCAAGCAACACAAGUACUGGCGUUUCACUUGGAGACUACUUUCUUGGUCCUGGUCUAGAUAUGCUCUUGCAGCGUUUGGCAGACAGUGACCUGAAUCGUUCUGGGACUCCACCUGCCAAGAAGGAAUCUGUGGCAGCAUUGCCAACUGUGAACAUCCAGGAAGUAUUGGGCUGUACAGUCUGUCUUGAGGAGUUUGAAAUGGGGACGGAGGCGAAGGAGAUGCCUUGCCAACAUAAGUUUCACUCCAAUUGCAUCCUUCCAUGGCUGGAGCUCCACAGUUCUUGCCCAAUUUGUCGAUUUCAGUUGCCUACAGAGGAGUCAAAGAACCCAUGUGAAUCAGGCAGUGGUGGUGGGACAGUGAGUGCUGAUGGAGAUCAUGCUGAGUCAAGUAAUAGUGAUAUAGAAGGUGCUAACCAUGAUGGAGGCAGGCUGCUUGAUGGAAGUUCAAUAAAUGACAGAGAUGUGACGUCUGCGUUGAACGCGAUAUUCGGAGAUGAAUCCUCCUCCUCAUCAUCUGAUGAAAAUGGCCCACGUGCUUCUGAGAGCUGAAGCCAGCAUCGCCCUGGCUCCCGUGCUUCCAACAUGUAGACGGAGUCCCGAAAGAAGACUCUCAUGAGGCCGCGUCUUUAUGCUGUGGUUUCCUGUAAAUAUUUCAAUUCGACCCUGCAAGACAAAAGCUGUUUAUCUUCGCUCUUAUGAAACCUACGUGGCUUGUAACCGUUUAAUGCCCGCCACCGUGUUUACAGUAUGCGCGUGUGUGUGAAAUAAAAGUACUCUAGUAUGUUGUUUAUGUGAACGGGAUAAUUACCCAACUGGCAGUUGGACCAAAGGAAACCUGCUCCUGCUGAAUGGUUUAUGUCUGGAGCAUCUGUUCAGUGAAGGCAAAACACACUUAUCAGUGUGAGAGAAAUCUUCUGAAAGAGAUCUGGAAGAGGCUUUUUACAAUGAGAAGUGACUUUGCUUGGGGCCAUGGACCUGUGUUCCAAAUGAAUUCAGGUUCAAGAUGUUGAUCCAGUGUGGGUUUUGUUGCAGCCUGUGCGUACACAACGAUGCAGCACUUGCUUCACCCUGUGGUCAAAUACUCAAAUUGCUGUUAUUCCUUCGAAGUUGUUCCUACUGAAUUCAGGAUUCAGGAUAUUGAUCCAAACUUGUGGUGGCAAGUGGCAACCUGUGAUGUUGCUUCCUCUGGUCUUAAAUCCUCACACCAGAAGGAUACUUGUGGUCAAAUUGCUGUUGUUCCUUUGAAGUGUUAUUCCAACUGAAUUCUGGACUCA